AGUUCGCCCUAUGUGCCAAAAAUAUCGAAUUAUAUUAUUUUUUAUUAUGUCGAAAUAAUGAAUGACGUGUGCGUGUGACUGAGGUUUUAGUGCUACAAAGUAACAUGAUCAAGUGAUUAGUGAAUACUUGAACAGUGAUAACAUGUAUAAAGUAAAAACAUUUUUAACUAAACUUUGUUGCCUCGUGUAACUAUAUCAUAUAAAAUAAUAUUUUGAUCUAAAUUUGCAGUAUAUUGUAUAUAUUUAAAAGAAAAAGAAUAGUUACGGCAAGUUUCUUAGAUACAUACUAACUAUGUCUAGACUAGAUAACACUGACGCCUUGGAAAAACAAUUGGCUGAUCUGCAAAUGACUAAGGACAUAAAUACUCCUGGAAAAAUAAAAAAGAUACCACCAGCUGUGCCCCCAAAGAAAAAAGCUCAGCCUCAAGUUCCACACAGCGCCGUUGUCAACACAUUGCGUGAGCCUUCGUACUCAACAAAGAUAACUCCAUUACAAAAUGCACAGAAUAUACCUCCUCCACCUCCUCCUCCUCCGACGUACAGCAAUGUACCACGACAUCCCAGCAAUAUUCAUCCUAUGCACAAAGAUUAUGCAAACGUAACCCAGUUGUCACUUCCUUCUUAUUCACUUCGACAAAAUUUGGCGAUACCUUCCAAAAGUUAUAACACUAUGUAUAGUAAUGUUCCCCAAUAUCAGAAUAACCCGCCGCCGCCACCGCCUCCACCUCCUUUUCAUAUCCCAUCAAAGUCAUUUGAUCCUAACCAUAAUGAAGAAAUGAUACCUCCACCAUCUCCUGUUAGCUCUAAUUACAGCGAAUUGAUGAGAGCCACUGCCAAUUUAAAUUAUAAUCAAGAUCGUCCUCAUUAUCCUGCUAUAUAUCAAAAUGAGUACCCCGAGUAUGGAGUAUCCCAGGCAUCAACCUAUGAGUCACUUUAUGAGCCCAUUAACCUACACCCACAAACACAUUCAGCACAAGCUAAUAAUCCAUCAAUAAGUCAAAACUACAAAAGUAAUUUGAGACCUAUGGGAAAAUCCCCUUUGCCAAAGGAAGAAGAAGUAGAUGCAUUAACUAAUAUGCUUGUCCAGUCAAUAUCUGGUAGUUCAGAAUUCUUUGGUAUAUGUGUUAAAUGCGACCAACAUGUUGUAGAUGAGAGUUCUGGCUGUACUGCAAUGGGAAAUUUGUAUCAUAUCAAAUGUUUUUGUUGCCACAGAUGCAAUACUAACUUACAAGGAAAACCAUUUUAUGCUGUAGAAGGAAACCCUUAUUGUGAAGCUGAUUAUUAUGAAACCUUAGAAAAAUGUUCAGUGUGUAACAAUCCUAUAUUAGAUAGAAUUUUAAGAGCAACUGGCAAACCAUAUCACCCAACUUGUUUCACUUGUGUUGUGUGUGGCAAAAGCCUUGAUGGUAUUCCAUUCACAGUGGAUGCCAUGAAUCAAAUCCAUUGCAUUGAAGAUUUCCACAAAAAAUUUGCUCCAAGAUGUUGCGUAUGUGAGCUACCAAUAAUGCCUGAGGAAGGAGAAGAAGAAACUGUAAGAGUUGUUGCUCUAGAUCGUAGUUUUCAUGUUCGAUGUUACAAGUGUGAAGAUUGUGGGCUAUUACUAUCAUCUGAAGCAGAAGGGCGUGGUUGCUAUCCCCUUGAUGACCAUAUUCUUUGCAAGGCAUGCAACGCUCAUCGUAUCCGUCUCAUUACUAAUGUAAUGACAACAGAUUUAUAAAUAUAUAUUCUAUUCUAUAUUUUACCUUGCUUGAGCUCAGAUAGUUUUGUAAUAACUCAUUAUAUUAUAUUUAAAUGACUACAAUAAGUUAUAAAUGCCAUAUCUUUAUAUGUAUACAAGAUAACUUUUGAGAUAUACUAUAUACAUUAUUACUAUCAAAUCAAAAAUAUUUUGACAAUCCUACAUUACAUUGUUAUUACUUACAUUUGUAGUGUUAAAGAUGUUAUAUUUUUAUAGAAUUUUAUUGUAUGGAUAAAAUGAAUUAGAAUUAUCAGAAUAAAUAAAGUUUAAUAUAUGUAUAUAACUUCAAAGACUGAAGAGGUAGCAAUAUUUUUGCAUUUAUAAAGGAUAGUGUUAUAAAAUCAAAAAGUAACAUUAUGAAAAUUUUAAAAUGUGAUAUUUACAAAUUAUACAACUAAAGGCAAAGAUGUAUUCAUACUAAUUUAUUUGGUGGCAUUAUGAAUGCUAUAGAAUAGACAUUUUUUAUUAAGUGCUUUUGCUAUAAAUAAUAU